AAAUUCACAGAAAGAAACUAAAAACUUAUGAAGUGCUUUUGGUUAGAGGCUAUUUCAAAAUCAUGGCGGACACUCAGCUGGCACAAGGUGCGAAUGGAAACGUCGAAGGCGCCGACCAAGCCAAUGGGGCGCAGCAGCAAGCACCUGGAGGGGUAUGGUCUACAGUAAAAUCCCUGAUAGUGCGGAUGCUCAUCAUCUACAUGAUCAGUAGUUUCUUCAGAAGAGGGACACCACCUGCAAACACAUCAGAUGGCAAAGGGGGGAAAACUCCAUAUGCUCAGAAUAUAUAUCCUAAAGGCAUGAAAAUGGACAUGUACAUUUAUGUGACAGAACAAGAGGACUUGACUGAUUUUAAUGAGGAUGCAUUGUUCUGGGUACAGAGGGGUCUGGAGUAUGGAGACUGGACAAGUGGACCUAACGGGGAUGGCUCCUAUGUCAAAGAGAGCAAAAUCCAGGCUCCCCCAAAUGUGAUAAACAAUGGAUCAAUAUACCUCCACUGUUAUUUUGUGAAAGCGGGUAAAUCUCCUAACCCUAGAGAUAAGGGAAAAUAUUCCAGGAAGUUCACAGUGCACAGGUCAAAACGUCUCAAUAAAUACAAGAAAAGAAGGUACCAUAAGACGACCAAUUUACUGACAGGAGAGACAGACGUUCACCCUGAUCUUAUUCAGACAGCCAACAGAAGCUCGUUUGAGAUUCUGAAUUACUGGCAUCCAAACCUCACUAUCAAUCUAAUGGAUGACCACUCUCCCUGGAUGAAGAGUCACGUACCACAACCUUUAGAUGAAUACUUGGAGUUUCUACCAGGCACAGAUGAGUAUCAGCCAAUACUAUACUUCAAUGAUUAUUGGAACCUAAAUACAGACUAUAUGCCCAUCAACCAGACAACACCUGAGUUGAACUUGACCUUGACCUACAGCCCCAUCUCCUUGUUUAAGUGGCAGAUGUAUGCUGCUCAGGGGAUGAGAAAUAAAUGGUAUGGAAUGCUGGGAGCCGACUUCAUGGAGGAGUCAGACGAAGACCAGGACAGCCUUAAGACUACGGUGAUGGAGACUAAUCCCUAUUUAUUGGCCUUGACUGUUAUUAUAUCCAUUGUCCACAGUGUAUUUGAAUUCUUGGCAUUCAAAAAUGACAUACAGUUCUGGAAGAACCGUAAGUCAUUGGAGGGUCUGUCUGUCCGUUCUGUCUUUUUCAAUGUCUUCCAGUCCCUGAUUGUGGUUCUGUAUGUUUUGGAUAAUGAAACCAACUUUAUGGUAAAAAUAAGCGUCUCCAUUGGACUCCUGAUUGAAAUCUGGAAGAUCACCAAAGUAGUUACUGUCAAGCUUGAUAGAGAGAAUCCAUGGUUCGGAGUUAUACCUCGCCUGACUUAUGAAGACAAAUCUACUUAUACAGAAUCUAACACCAAAAAAUAUGAUAUGAUGGCGUUUAAGUACUUAUCCUGGUUGCUGUUCCCUUUGUUGAUUGGAUAUGCUGUAUACUCGCUGCUUUAUCUGGAACACAAGAGCUGGUACUCUUGGGUGCUUAACAUGAUAUACGGAUUCCUUUUAACUUUUGGUUUUAUAAUGAUGACCCCUCAGCUGUUUAUCAAUUAUAAGCUGAAGUCUGUCGCCCAUCUUCCUUGGAGGAUGAUGACAUACAAAGCUCUCAACACCUUUAUAGACGAUAUAUUUGCAUUUGUCAUCAAGAUGCCUACGCUAUACAGGAUAGGAUGUUUUAGAGAUGAUGUUGUAUUUUUCAUCUUCCUUUAUCAGCGAUGGAUCUAUCCAAUCGAUCCAACUCGCCUUAACGAGUUUGGUACUAGUCAGGAAAUGUUUGACCAGAACGGCCAGAUCAAAACUGACCAAUCAGAAACAGUGUCCCAGCAAGCUAGCAUAGAGCCAUCAAAAGCAGAGGACUCCGAUAAUCAAACUGAGAAGUCAGCUGAGGACAAAAAGAAUGAUUGAUGGAGUGAUAGAUUGUGUGUAUGCCUAUUUGUGAUGUUGUCAGAUCUCGUUAAUAUUAUAUAUUAAUGAACGUGGUAGUAGGUUACAUUGUGAGAGAUCUUUUAAAUAUAAUCCACUGUUUAUGUUUGUCAAAAUCUGUGUUCACUUGAAAGCUUAUAAGUUAGAUUACAUCAUGUUAUCUUUUAAUUCCCAAUAUCUGAGAAGUUGUGAAAAUGUGUUUAUUGAACAAACUAGUAUAUGUACUCCAAGAGUACUGCAAUAUUAAAUAAGUUGUCCUUUCAUAAAUCUUGAAGGCUGUGGCCAAAGUUAUAAGAUUAUUGUUCUUCCUUAACACUUACAUGUAUUACCCCUUACCCCCCUUUCUUAUGAAUAUUAAUACAUUAACAAUUUGCCAAAUACAACUAUCUACAAAAUGUUUUUAAUCACUUUUUAUGUGUGAGAACUUUAUCUUUUGCUUAAUUACUUGAAACCUUCUUCUGGCAAAAUUUCAUUCUAGCAUAUACUAAUACUAUAAAAGAUUUUAAAGAGCAGUAACCAAAAUUUGAAAAAAAAAUUGUUUUUCUCAUAAAUACCCAACUUGUAAAAAUAAGUUGUUGCAAAAACAGAGUGAUCUUCAGAGAUUUCUUCUUUUUUAUUAACAAUCAUCCCCUUUCAUUGCAAAUUACUUAUACUUGACUGCCAAAGCAAAGACAUUUUUGAUUGUAUACUUUGCUUAAAGAUAUUGAAGUAGCAUGAGGACUUUUCAAAGCCCAGAAUGGUGGCACAGCGUUUAUGUAAGAAAAUGAUUCAUUCUGUAACUUUAAUAUCCUCAUUGUUGCCAUAUCUCCCUCCAGAAAUCCUGUGGUAGAUUGAGAUUACGAGUAUUAUAAAUUUAUGAUGUCAUGUGACUACAAUUAUUCUUACUUUCAGUGAAUGUAACAUUCUUAUGUAGAAAUAUACAUAUUUAUUUUUAUUCAGUUUGCAGAUUUUUAUAUGUAUGACUAUUGUAACCAGUUAUUAAAUAAAAUAUUUUCAUUUUUA